UCACAGUCACAGUUACUUUUUGCAAGGUGUUUGUUUCGUUACUUGCAACAAGUAACAGGUUUCAUUCGAGCAUGUGAAUUGCUUCACAAAGCAACACACAAAUGGAGAAUCUGGCAACAAAAAAGAAUUGGACGGAGGAGGAACGUCUGGAGCUAGCAGCACAGCUUGAUGCUGAGCUCGAUUCGUUUAUUGACAGCUUGGAGAAGAAACGCUACGAGGAAGGAUGGCCCGAAGACCGUUGGCAGGAGGAGAUGGACAAGCAUCCAUUCUUCAUGAAGCGGGCUCCACAGCCAGGUGACGAGGUACAUCCCAUGUUUGAGGGUCUGCAGAAGCUCAAAUACGACCCCGAGGAGAACACACUCGAAGAGCUGGCACUCAAUUACAAGGAAGAUGGCAACUUCUAUAUGAAGCACAAGAAAUUCCGCAUGGCCGUCUAUUCGUUCAGCGAGGGCAUCAAGACCAAGUGUGAGAAUCCCGAUGUCCUGUCGGUGCUCUACAACAAUCGAUCCGCUGCCCACUACUUCAUCAAAAACUAUAGAUCCGCCUUGAGCGAUGCACAACGUGCACUGUUCUACAAACCAGUCUAUACCAAAGCACGGUGGCGGGCUGCGCAGUGUGCGCAUGAGCUGGACAAGUUUGAUCUAUGCACGCAGUUGUGUGAGGAGCUGCUCGAGGUGGAUAUCGAUCACAAGGAGGCCAAGACACUGCUGCACAAGAACAAAAUGAAAAAGCUGGACACGGAACGCAAUGCUCGCAAGGAAGCAGCGGAUGCUAAACGCCGUGCAACACGCUUUAACAAACUGCGCGAUGCCCUGGAACAACGUGCUAUAAAAUUCGACGAUCAGCCUUUAAAUAAACGCCUAAACAUAAGCGAGGAGCUAUUACGUCCCAAGUUCUUGCCCCUCGAAGAUUUCCCAGUGCAUUUGGAUGAGGAUGGCAGCACUUUAGUAUGGCCCACAGCCUUUUCGUAUCCGGAAUUUCUACUCAGUGAUUUCCAGCAGCAGUUACCCGAAACCACAACCAUGUCCGAUUGCCUUAGCACGCUCUUUGCCGAACCGUUGCCCUGCGACAGGACUCUCAGUUAUCGCCCGGAAUCGGUGAACGUGUAUUACGAGAAUCGCAAGGUGGGCUGCGUGCACAAGGUGAACCCAAAGCUGACGCUGCGCGAGAUUCUGAAUGAGAAGGGUUUCUUUGUGUCUGGAGGAUCUCUGCUCUUUUACGUGGUGCCCAAAGAGUCGAGGGUCGAGCAGGAGUUUAUCCAUCAACAGCGACGACCUUUAGUCUACAGUUGAGCAAGCAAAUUAAACCAUUUAUUUUGGU